UGAUCAUCCAUCAAUUCGAGCCUUUGGAACACCUGCCGCCCCGCCCCAUGCCGUGGAACAACAACAUCAAGGUCUUUGUCACCUACGCAACCAGUGGCACUGAGAUCGCCUCCUUGGAAUUGGACCCCUGUCAAUCGGCACAGGACAUCCAGCAGGAGAUCUUCCGCCUGACGGGCGCGCCCGCGUACCGGCAACGACUCUUAUUCGAGAGCGACGUCUUAGACCCCCGGCGGCGCUUGCAGGAUUUGGGCUUCACCAAGGAGCUUAGAUUGACGCUGAUUGUACAAGACAUUUUGUGGCUCGCCACCACUUCGGUGGAUGGCGGAGUGAAGAUUUGGGACGCCAAUACCGGUGAGCAGAUCCAGUCCCUUGGUGGGCACCAAAGUGGCGUCCGGCACGCCUGCUUCUCCUCGGAUGGCUGUACGCUCCUGACCGCGGCGCGUGAUUGCACGGCCAAGAUCUGGAACACCCUGACCGGAGAGCCGGUGGAAAUCUUCAAAGGACACACCAACGCCGUCUACACCGCCGUGUUUUCGGAGGAUGGCUAUCUGGUGCUCACGGCCUCGUAUGAUGGAACGGCCCGGCUUUGGUAUGUCCUCACGGGCGAGUGCAUCAAGACCUUCUCCGGUCACAACGACGGCGUGGUCUCCGCCAUCUUCGCGCACGACGGGCUCAGUAUUUUGACCGCCAGCGUGGAUCGCAGUGCCAAGAUCUGGGACCUGCAAACUGCGGAGUGCGUGCAGACCUUAACGCGGCCCCGGGGCGAGGUGAUCGUCUCUGUCUUCAGCACUCCCGUGCAGAAUUGGGCCCUGUCGACUUUGCAGGAAGGCACCGCGAAGCUGUGGAACAUUAAGACGCAGCAAUGCGUGCACACCCUCAAGGGUCACCACACCUACAUCACCUCAGCCACCUUGUCACCCGAUGCCAAUUGGCUCUUGACCGCGUCCUGGGACCGUUCGGUGAAACUCUGGUCGCUGACGCAGAAGAAAAACCGGAAGUGUGCCAAGACCUUUCAAGGGCAUGGCAAUGGCGUGGUCUCGGCCGAGUUCUCCUCGGACAUGUCGCACAUCGUCACCGCCGCGUCGGAUGGUGCCACGAAGAUCUGGAACGUGCAGAGCGGCGAGUGUGUACGCACACUGAAGGGCCAUGGAGCCGUAGUGAAUCAUGCAGCCUUUGCUCCGUCCCAAGGAGCCAAUCCAAGAGGAUGAGAGAGGAAGCGCCAGCCUGGCUGGCUCAGAGCCAGACCGGGCUGCCAUGAAGCGAAGGUUUUCUCCGUUUCACCCAAGCGGAGCAGUGUGCCCUCACGGUCCUCACGUGAAAGUUCGUGGGAGGGAA